GAUUUGUGAUUUGAGAUAAUCAUCAACAGAGCUCCAUGCAUCAAUGGCGUCACGGCUUCCGUAAUGGGUGUAUCUCUCUUGAGAUAUAUUCAUCAACAAAGCUGUAUAGAUAUAUAUGAGCCGCCAUUACGGCAGCAGUGACGCACGCGAGCUAUCAUGCAUGCACCUUCACUUUAAAAUUCACACCAUCAACUCACACAAUUCCUGAAUCUCAUCACUCAAAUCCAAAUUAAAUUAAGCGAAAAUGGGUGUGAAUGUGCCGAGAGUGAAGCUAGGGUCGCAGGGCCUGGAGGUGUCCAAGCUAGGCCUGGGUUGCAUGAGCAUGUCGGCUUACUACGGGCCGCCGAAGCCCGAGGCCGACAUGAUCCAACUCAUCCACCACUCCAUCGACUCCGGCGUCACCUUUCUCGACACCUCCGACUUCUACGGGGACAACGAGAUCCUCAUCGGAAAGGCUUUGAAAGGGGGAGUGCGGGAGAAGGUGCAAAUUGCUACCAAGUUCGGGAUAGUAAGUAGGGAAGGAGAGAUGAUUGUAAAUGGUGAGGCAGAGUAUGUGAGGGCUGCUUGUGAGGCAAGUUUGAAGCGUCUUGAUAUUCACUGCAUCGAUCUCUAUUAUGUUCAUCGCAUCGACACUCGUGUGCCCAUUGAAGUCACAAUGGGGGAACUAAAGAAGCUGGUUGAGGAAGGAAAAAUCAAAUAUGUUGGGCUCUCAGAAGCCUCUGCUUCAACAAUAAGAAGGGCUCAUGCUGUUCUUCCAAUUAGUGCUGUUCAGAUCGAAUGGUCAUUGUGGUCAAGAGAUGUCGAACAAGAAAUCAUUCCCACCUGCAGAGAACUUGGCAUUGGAAUAGUCGCGUAUAGUCCCCUUGGACACGGCCUACUUUCAGCCGGUCCCAAGGCGUUAGAGAACGCAGCAGAGGGCGAUGUUCGUAAGACCUAUUUCCCAAGGUUUAAGGAUGAAAAUCUUGAAGCCAACAAGUCUGUAUAUGAAGAGAUGAGUGAGAUGGGUACAAGGAGAGGUUGCAGCACAGCUCAACUGGCAUUGGCUUGGCUUAUGCAGCAAGGAGAUGAUGUGUGCCCGAUACCGGGGACCACCAAGAUCAAAAACUUGAACGACAAUCUCGGAUCUCUCACCGUGAAAUUGACUUCAGAGGAGAUGGAUAAGCUCUCUGCGUUGGCAGACACAGUCAAGGGAGAGAGGUACACGUUCAUGACACAUACAUGGAUCAAUGCAAAUACGCCUCCAUUGUCAUCUUGGAAUGCAUGAGAUGAGAAUUCGGGAACAACUCUCAACUACCACACUAUCCACUCCAUCACUUGAUUUUCUGCUUACUAUUUGUGUGUGUGUGUGUUUUUUACAGCAGCAUGUGUGUAUUUGCUUCCACAACUACUUGUAUUUUAUGACCUUUCCAUUACUGAAUAUGAAGCUUUCCAGCAUGUGUGAUACAUAAA